GUUGAAACUUGAAGUUUAAAAGGUAAACAUUACUUUUGAUUUAUGCAAAGGUGAUUUUUUUUAAAGCCAUGUUUAAUAAUUAAAAAACAAAAAAACAAUGCUUUUUCCAAGCAAGUUCUUGCUAAUAAUUUUCAUAAAAGAAACUUUAUCCUGUUCACCAUCUUGUAAACCAAAAGACUGCAUUUUAUCAAAUUGGAGUUCGUGGACAUUAUGCUCUGCUUCAUGUGGUCCUUCAGGAGCACGGCAACGAACAAGAUUUGUUCAAGAACAACCUGAAUGCAACGGGAAUUGCAAUAAAGCUCUAAAAGAGACAGAAAAUUGCAAUACAAAGUGUUGCCCUACGAACUGUACUUUUACAUAUGGUGAUUGGAGUCCUUGUAUAGGAUGUGGGCUGCACGGUACAAGAUCUAGAGCCAAAUCAAUACAAUCACCAGCCUCUUGUGGUGGAUUUUGUUUAAAUACAAACGUUGAAAUUGAGUCAUGUGACACUAAAAGAUGCUGUCCUGUAGACUGUACAGUUAGUGAAUGGACAAGUUGGUCAUCUUGUUUUGCAGCAUGUGAAAAAACAGCAAUAGUAACACGUUUACGAACUGUUCAAAAGCAAGACUCAUGCAAUGGAAAAUCAUGCCCAGUUUUGAAUGAAGCAAAUUCAUGUAAUGGUCCAACUUGCUGUCCACGUGAUUGUGAAUACUCUGAUUGGUCAGCUUGGGAAGUAUGCUCUGGAAGUUGUCAAGGUGGUACACAAAAAAGAAAAAGGUCAUUAACCAAACAAGCUACCUGUAAUGGCACUUGUAGCAAUGAACUAUUUCAAACAAAAGCUUGCAUUGUUAAGCCAGUUAAAUGUCAACUUUCAUCUUGGGAAUCUUGGUCAUCAUGCUCAUCUGUUAAUGGAAAAUGUGGCAAUGGUACACAAAUGAGAGUGCGUACAAUUGUGGUAAAACCAGUGUGUGAUAAUCCAUGUGGAAACCUUAAUGAAACAAAAAACUGCUUGUAUAGUUGUUGUCCAGUUAACUGUGAAUAUGGACAAUGGGGAAAAUGGUCAAACUGUUCGAAUCAAUGUGGAUCAGGAUUAAGAAGCAGAGAACGCGAGGUUCAAACCAAGGAUGAAUGUGGAGGGUUGUCCUGCAGUCAGUCAGACUUAAAGGCUACUGAGUUUUGCACAGAAAACAAUGACUUGGAUUGCAUAUUAACAAAAUGGUCUUCCUGGUUUAAUUGCUCUACAGAAUGUGGUUCUGGUUUUAGUCAAAGAAACAGAUCAAUUAUACAGCAACCAAAGUGUAAUGGAAAGUUAUGCGAAUCUUUAUUUGAGAGUAAAACAUGCAUUAGUUAUAAUAGCAACCAAGAUUGUGUGGUUAGCUUAUGGGGAGCAUGGGGAACAUGUCAAUCAAACUGCUCAUUGAGCACAAUGAAGCGGGUACGAAAUAUUCUUUCACCAAGUGUUUGCAUGGGGAAAAAAUGCCCAUAUUUAGAGGAAACUGUGCCAUGUGGAGAGGUUAAUGGAGGCUGCGAGCAUGUUUGCUAUAGAGGCGUAUGCUCUUGCUCUCCAGGUUAUACUAUUAAAAAUCAAACAAAGUGUGUUCCAAAAGACUGUGGUUUGCUAACAAUUGAUUUAUGCAAGUCAUCAGAUCAAUUAUGUAAAAAUCCAUCAGUGCUUUGUCCUGGUAAUAACACCUUAUUUCCUACAUUGUGUAAAUUGGAAUGUCCUCUUGGAUUUAAACUUUUUGGAAAAGAUACAGUGUCAUGUCAGUCAUCAGGUCAAUGGACUCAAACUCAAAGUAUUUGCAAUAGUUUAAAUGAGCCUCCUUCUCAAAUUAUUCUAUCAAAGUACGACUUUUCAGAGAACCUUCCAUCUGGCUUUCAAAUUGGGGUUUUAUAUUCAGUAGAUAAGAAUAAAAAUGAUACACAUACAUACACACUUAUAAAAGAUGAUUGUGGAUGUUUCACAAUACUUGAAAACCAACUGAAGACAUUGAAAGUUUUUAAUUAUGAAGAAGAAAAAAAUGCACACUUUCAAGUAACAAUUAGAAGUACAGAUAAUGGAUAUCCUCCCUUGAGCAUAGAAGAAAGUUUUCAACUUUUUUUAAAUGAUGUAAAUGAGAAACCAUUAGAUAUCUUGCUGUCUAGCAAUAGCAUCAAAGAAAAUAGCAAAGAAGAUGUUUUAGUUGGUAAACUUGAUGCAGUUGAUGUUGAUGCAAACCAAACUUUUUUGUACAGAAUGGUUGACUCUUCUCAUGGUUUAUUUGUUAUUGACAAUAAUGAACUGAAGACUUCAUCAAGAAAUAUGAAAUGCAUUCCACCUACAUAUCCACAAGAGUUUUGUCCCUUAAAUUUUGAGAUUCAAAAAGUGCACUAUAUAACAAUUGAAGUUUAUGAUAAUGGUGUGCCAUCAUUAUCCUUCAUUAAAAACUUCAGCAUCUAUUUACUUGAUAUCAAUGAUCCACCCUAUAAUUUAAUUCUUUCUAGCAACUCUGUUAAAGAAAAUAGUCUUGUUAAUACUUUUAUUGGUCAAUUUUCUGCACAAGAUGAAGAGAAUCAAACAUUGAGUUUUCUUUUGCUUGAUGAUGAUAACUCUAACUUUAUUCUUAGUUCAGCAAAGUUAUACAAAUCUAAAUCUUCUGACUACGAAGCUACAAAAUCACAUUUUAUUCAUGUUCAAGUUUCUGAUGAUGGCGAUCCUAUCAAUUUAAUUGACAAAUGGUUUAUCAUUAAUGUUGAGGAUGAAAACGAACCUCCUGUUAAUGUUACUUUUGUACCAACUUUCCAAGUCACUCUUCUUAACUUAACAGUAAUCAAUAUUUUUGAAAAUACAACUGCAAAUAAUUUUAAUGUUGGAAAAUUUGUUAUUUAUGAUGCAGACAAAAUACAAAGUAUAGAAGUGGAACUUCUUGAAACUUUUAAUGGAACAUUUGUUUUGGAUAACUCCACUCACUCCAAGUGCAUAGAUAUUAAAGAAAAGGAAGCUCAAUCAAAAUGUGAAGUUAACUUGUUUAUUAAUAAAAAUCUAGACUUUGAAUCAAAAUCAGUUUAUUCAAUUAACAUAAAAAUCACUGAUCGUAACCACAGCAUUCAAUAUAUUUUUCAAGUGAACGUUAUAGAUUGCAAUGAUGCUCCAAUAAGUAUUUUAAUUAAUGAUACUAAAGUAGCAUCAAUCUAUGAAAAUUCGUUUGGUGUAAUGAUUGGUAAGCUUACAACUGUUGAUCAAGAUUUUGAACAACAGUAUGAAUACAAAUUAUUUGAUAGUUUCGAAUAUUUUGAAAUUGUUGGCAAUAUACUGAUGCUGAAGAAAAACAUCUCAACUGAUUAUGAAAGCCAAUCAUUCUUUGUAAUAAGCAUUAUAUCUACAGACAAUGGUAAUCCGUCGCAAUAUAUAUUAGAUCAGGUUCGAGUGAACAUUUUGGAUGUUAAUGAUCCACCUACAAAUGUAACUCUUUCUGUUUUUGAAAUUGAUGAAAACUUAAAUCCUGAUACAUUAUUUGCUAAUGUCAUAAUAAUUGAUCAGGACGUUAAGGCUCCUGAUUAUAAGUCUCAUCCAUGCUUUCUUUCUAAUAAUACUUAUUUUAAAAUAGUUGAAAAUGUCCUUUAUGUUUUGAUGCCUGCAAAUUUUGAGCAAGCAAGUUUUAUUUAUAUACAUUUAAUAUGUCAAGAUCAGUUUGUUCAAGUAAAAAAUACAUUUAUAGUUACUGUAAAUGAUGUUAAUGAAGCACCAAGUGAGAUCAUACUAUCAACUCAUGAAUACUCUGAAAACUUACCUCCACAGCUGAUAGCUACUCUUUUUACUGUUGAUCCUGAUGUUUAUUUAGAUGGUAAUCAGCAUGUAUUUACAUACAAAAUUCUAACAAAUCAAGAUCAAGUAGCUGUUAAUGGAUCUAAUUUAUUAGCAAUAAAGACUUUUAAUUUUGAGGUUUUAUCUUUAAUCACAUUUGAAAUCCAAGUCAUUGAUUCUGGAGGCCUAACUUUAUCUCAAUUGAAGACAAUUAAAAUUGUAGACCAAAAUGAUCCACCUUCUGAUAUAUUAAUUUCAAGUGAUAAAGUUUAUGAAAACUCUGUGCAGUAUACACUUGUUGGCAGCUUAACAGUAAUAGAUGAAGAUCAACACCAAAGUUUUAUUUGUAUUUUAAAUGGUAGUAAAUCAAGUCCAUUAGAAAUUUAUGGUAGUCAUGUAAUGGUAGCAUGGGAUGGUUCCAGAAAUGAUCAUUUAAACUUUGAGAAAAAUCCUCUUUUAUCAUUGCCUGUAGUUUGUACAGAUAAUGGAAAUCCUCGAUACAGCAUUUAUAAAAGUUUUACUAUUUAUGUAUUAGAUGAAAAUGAUCCACCUUACAAUUUAACCUUAUCAAAUUAUUAUAUAAAUGAAACAGAUCCAAUUGGUACAAUCAUUGGAAAAUUUAAUGCUUUAGAUGAGGAUAUAGGACAAAGUUUAUCUUUUUUUAUAGUUGGUGGUGAUAGCCAGUAUUUUAAAAUUGAAGCACAAUAUUUAAUAAAGUUUGCUAAUUUUACCCAAACUGGUGUUUACAAAAUUAUUGUAGAAGUUAUUGAUAAUGGUUCACCUCCAAUGAAGAUCAAAUCAAAUUUUUUAAUUGAUGUGAUAAAUGUAAAUGAAGCUCCCAUAGCUACAGUGAUAACAAGCGAAGAUGGACUCUUGGUUUUUAAUGAUAACUUUCCAUCUAUCAAUGAAAAUUGUGAUAUUGGAAGUGUUGUUGGAACUAUAUUUUCUUAUGAUCCUGACAAGAACGCAACACUUAACAUUACCUUAGAUAAUACUGAGUCUGGCAUUUUUGCACUUGAUAAUAAAAUAUUUUGCUACAACACAUCUAGUUUAGUGGAUGGUACAACUUGUAAGGUAAAACUACUAGUUAAUAGUUAUCUUGAUUACGAAGAGGCAUCGUUUCAUCCGAUCACCAUUCGAUCUCAAGACCAAAAUGGUUUAUUACAUGUACAAAAGUUUGUUAUAACAGUUUUUGAUAUGAAUGAUAAACCAACAAAUGUGUUUCUUAAUGGUCUCCAUAAUGUAGCUGUUUGUGAAAAUAUUCAAGGUGUUUUUAUUGCAGAUAUAACUACAAUGGAUCAGGAUGCAAACCAAAGUUUUAUAUACACUCUAUCUGAAACAUAUGCUUUAGAGGUUUUUGAAAUAGACAGUAACAGGCUUUUUUUAAAAAGUAACAUUUCUUUAGACUAUGAACAAGAAUCUGUCUAUAACUUUUCUAUUGUUUCAACAGACAGUGGCACUCCUCAGAAAAAUAUAACAGUAAGAUUUUCAGUUAAUGUUGAAGAUGUUAAUGAAGCUCCUAUCCUUAUUGAGGUAUCAAACCUAUCUGUGGCUGAGAACUCUCCUUCAACAACAUUUAUUGGCUCCAUUACCGUGAAAGAUCCAGACAAUAUUAGAUUUGUAACUCAGUAUCAUGAGUGUUGGGUUACUGGUUCUUUUUUAUUAUUCAAUAUUCAAACUUAUAAAAAUACUCAGAAAAAUAUAGUAAAUGAACUAUAUGUUAUGAAAAAUGGUUUGGAUUAUGAAGUUGCUAGCUUUUUUACAAUCACUAUUAGCUGCAAAGAUUCAGGAAAUCCUUCUUUGAUUUUCCAGCAAAAUUUUAAUAUAAGUGUCAUUGAUGUUAAUGAGGCACCAUACGCAAUUUUACUAAGUGCAAACUCAAUUUUAGAAAACACUAAUCCAACAGUUAUUGGAAGUUUUUCAACCAGAGAUCCGGAUAAUGUGGGAAGCUCAAUACAGCUUUUUAACUAUACAUUAUUAAAUGAAAGUGUUCCAUUUGAGAUAAUUGGACAUGAGUUAAAAACUAAGCAAGAACUGGACUAUGAAUUUCAAUCUAAUUGGAUCAUAUUUGUUAAAUCUACAGAUAAUGGAAAUCCUAGUUUAUCAUUCAUACAAAAUUUUACAAUUUUUGUAAUUGAUGUUAAUGAGGCACCUACAGAUAUUUUGCUUUCUUCAUCUCAAUUUGAAGAAAAUAGUCAAAAAGACACUGUUGUAUCUUAUCUGACAGCUAUUGAUGUGGAUCGGUUGCCAGAUGGAAGGAAUCAAAAAUAUACAUUUUCUUUAACAGAAAAUUUUAAAGGUGUAUUCAGAAUUAUUUCAGACCAGUUGCAAAUAGCUGAGGAUUACAAUCAAUGCUCUAAAACUAAUAGUUGUUUUUUAAACUUUGAAAAAAAUCCUUUACUUCAGUUAAAGAUUAAAGUGACAGAUGAUGGUGUGCCUGUUAAGUUUUAUGAAAAAUCAAUUUCUGUUCAAUUAAAAGAUGUAAAUGAUCCCCCUUGGAAUUUAACUCUCUCAUCAAAUCUAGUUAAAGAAAACUCACCUAUUGGUUUUGAAAUCGGCAUCUUUUCUGCACAAGAAGAAGAUUUAAAUCAAUCUCUAAAAUUUUAUUUAAUUAAUGACACUUCAGGAUUGUUUGAAAUUCGAUCAAAUGGUAGUCUUGUUAUAAAAAAAAAUCCUAACUUUGAAAUGCAAGAAAUUUAUGUAAUUAAAGUUGAAGUUGUAGAUGAUGGCAACCCUUCAUUAUCAAAUGAAAAAUCAUUCUCUAUAUUUGUUCAAGAUAUUAAUGAAGCUCCUGCUGAAUUGCAUAUCAGUGAUAAAGGUGCUGCAGCUCGUUUUUUUAUCAAUGAACCUGAAAUUUUCGAAAAUUUACCACCAGACACUGUAUUAGGAACUUUAGAAGCAAUAGACCAUGACUAUGUUGAGCUCUUAACAUUUGAUCUCCUUGACAGUCAUAAGUAUCUGAGGCUCAAACCAAAUUCAACAACUUGUACUUCUUAUACACAAGGACAAAGUGGUUCCUAUACAGUAUGUGAUGUUAAAGUUAUGACAAAUACCAUUUUGAAUUUUGAAGAAACUGCUUCAUUUAUAUUUACUGUAAAAGUUAAAGAUAAUCAAAAUCUAACUCAUCUCCAGUCUUUUAAGCUAAAAGUGAUAGAUAGAAAUGAUGCUCCAACUAAUAUUACUUUGCAGGGGAAGCAUGAUGCAUUUGUUAGUGAAAAUGAUUUGUAUACAGCUAUAGGCACACUGGAUACCACAGAUGAAGAUGUUAAUCAAACAUUUAUAUAUUCUGUUAUUAAUAACUCACAUUUCGCUGUUGUCAAGUCAAUAAAUGGUGAAUCACAAUUAUAUACUUCAUACAUUCCUCUUGAUUAUGAAAAAGUGCAAAAUCAUACUAUAAAUAUUCUGUCAAUUGAUAGCGGUUCUCCUGCAUUAAGCUUUUUACAACAGAUUGUUAUCCAUGUCUUAGAUGUAAAUGAAGCCCCAUCAGAAAUUAUACUUAGCAAGUUACACGUUUUUGAAAAUUUACCACCUAAUACAGUUGUUGGUCUUUUAUCAGUUAUUGAUCCAGAUGUUUUAUCUAGUCAAACACAUUCUUGUUCUAUUGAUAAUUUUAAAUUUGUCAUCAAUAAUGCAUCACUCUUGACGUUAGCUUCAUUAGAUUAUGAGAUGUCAUCACAUGAAACUAUAAAUAUAGUUUGCACAGAUUCUGGAUCUCCACCAAAAAGUCUUCAAAAGAUAUUUACGAUAAAUGUUGAAGAUGUAAAUGAAUCUCCAAAAGAAAUUUUACUCACUAAUAAUAAUGUACCUGAGAAUUGUAUUUGUGUUUUUGGACAUUUUUCAGUAAUUGAUCCUGAUAAAGAUGAUUCCCAUAAUUUAACAAUUACCUCAGGAAUGGAAAACUUUGAAAUAUUGGGGUCUGAAAUAAAAUCCAAAGAUCUUCUAAACUUUGAAAACAGAAAUGAAUAUCUAAUUGAAGUUCUUGCUAUGGAUUUAAAAGGAUUAUUUAUAAAGAAAACAUUUAAGAUCUUUGUAGAAGAUCGUAAUGAUCCACCUUCAAAUCUUGAGUGUACUUUAACUAACAUUCCCGAGACAUCUCCUUUUGGAACAUUUAUUGGUGAAUGUGUUGCAGUUGAUGAUGAUAAUUAUCAAAUUCAUAAUUUUUUUAUAACUCAAACUUUUGCAUCUGUUGGGUUAAAACAUAUUCCAAUAAACAACACAGUUUUUAAAAUUGAUUCAACAAGUGGUGCAUUAGUGCUAGGAGCUACAAAAUUAAAUUACUGGUAUUCUUCAAGUUAUGUUGUUACCAUUAUGGUUACUGAUAAUGGUUCACCUCAAAUGAGCUUUGAGAAGAAUAUCACAAUAAUAAUUGAGGAUGUAUUACGACUUCCUACUGAUAUUUUGCUGUCACAAAAAACGGUACAAGAAAAUAGUCUUGUUGGUACAUUUGUUGGAACAGUUGAUGUAAUUGACCCAGAUAACUUUAUGACAGACAAAUAUUCUCAUUUUUGCAAUCUCACUGAAAGCACUACUUUUGAGAUAAAUGACAAUCAUGAGUUGGUGGUAAAAUCUGCAAGUUUAGACUUUGAAACAACUAUGCUUUAUGAAAUUAAUGUUACUUGUUUUGAUUUGGAUUUUGAAAAUAAGAGCAUUUCAAGAAUCUUCUUCAUUCAAGUAUUAAACAUUAACGAAGCUCCUUCAAUCACUCUUACUCCAUCUUUAAUUGAUGAAAAUAACAAACCUGGAAGUGUUAUAGCUUUUUUUGAUUGCAGAGAUCCUGAUAACUUGAAUACGAUAGUUGAUAAUUUAACAAUAACUUCAAUAAAUUCAUAUGGUGGUCAAUUUGCAUUGUUGUUUCCAUUUUAUCUGGUAUCAAAUAUUCAAUUAGAUUAUGAAAAUAUUUCUUUUUAUACUCUUGAAGUAACUGUUACCGAUGAUGGAAAACCUCCACUUUCUCUAACUAAAAAUAUAUCAAUUAAUAUAAAUAAUCUGAACGAGGCUCCUACGUCUUUGUCUCUUUCUUCAACUUCAUUUUAUGAAAGCCAGCUUCCUGGAACUAUUGUCACAUCGAUAUUUAUAAGUGAUCCUGAUCCAAAUCAAAACCAUACUUGCAAGAUUUUGGAUGAUGCAAAUUUUUUUUCAAUGAAUGGAUCAGCUGACAUAAAAUUAACCAACAAGGUAGAUUACGAAACCAUUUCAUUUCUUAGUAUUGUUGUGGAAUGCUUUGAUAAUGGCUCUCCUCCAUUAUCUAUUAAGCAAAAUUUUACUAUUAAUAUUUUGGAUUCCAAUGAUCAACCAUCAGCCAUCAACUAUAAUAUUUCAUCGGUUCUUGAAAAUGCUAAUUUUAAUCAAUUGGUAGCCCAACUCAUUGUUGAAGAUCAAGAUCAGAAUCAAUCACAUUUAUGCGAAGCUCAAGGAACAAAUAAACAUUGGUUUUACUUUAGUAAUGAAACAAACGGAAAAAUAUUCGUUUUUUUAAUGUCAGAGAUAAUGAAACUUAAUUAUGAGACAGAAAAAAGUAUUUCAGUCAUUGUGAUUUGUCAUGACAAUGGCACACCACCAUUAAGCAUCCAAGAUAGAUUCGAAUUCUUUGUAAUUGAUGUGAAUGAACCUGCAACUAAAAUUUUCAUAUCGAAUUCAAGUUUCAUUUUUAUGAAUGAAAACGUAGUUCCGGGAACAAGAGUUGGCCUGUUAGAAUGUGAUGAUCCAGAUGUUGGUCAAGAAAUAAAAUAUAAUUUGCUUGAGGAUUCAAAUUUGAAGUUUCAGAUUUAUAGCGGUAAUAUUUUGGUUGUAAAGAAUCUAAGCAUGUUUGAUUUUGAAUCAUCAGAAUUCUCUCGAGUGAUUGUAAAUAUACAGGUUUCAGAUACAUCAAACCAACCAAUAGUUUACAACGGAACUUUAGAAAUAAUUGCUCAAGAUGUGAACGAGCCUCCUUCUAACAUCAAAUAUAUUGUUAAUAAUUUGAUUUCAGAUAUUCAUUUUAUUGGAGAAAACAGCACAAUUGGCUCGAGCAUUGGUUUGCUUUUGGCUGAUAACCCAGAAGGCUCCGUGCAAAUGCUUACGUUUUCACUUUUGACUUACAAAAAUUAUUUUCUCAUUUCAUAUUACAACAAUUCUUCUUCUGAUCUUGUGUUAGUAAAAGAGCUGGAUGUUAACGAUAUUAGUGAUUUUACUAUUUCUGUCAAAGUUAGUGACAAUGGAAUUCCGCCUCUUUCUACUGUUGGAUAUAUUCGACUAACUGUUCUUCGAUCAGAUCCUUGUGUUAGUGGUAUGAUGCACUGUACAUCGAACUCUGAAUGUGCUAGAAAAAAUAAGACAACCGGAGAAUGUUUAUGUCUCCCCGGAUUUGAAAUGAAUUUGGGUGUGUGUCAACAAAUUGAUGAUUGCAAACCAAGUUGUCAAAAUUGUCUUGUUAGUAGCAGAAACGCUUGCUUAAAAAAUAAUGCACUUGAAUGUUCACCUUGUCGUAACGAUGGUAUAUGUACUGAUCUUCAUAUGAAUUAUUCAUGCGAAUGCAAGAAAGGUUUCACUGGUCUUGAUUGUGCAGUCGAUAUUGAUGACUGCGCUCCGAAACCAUGUCUUCACAAUUCCAUAUGUGAGGAUAAAUUUAACAAUUAUUCGUGUCACUGUGCCCCUGGAUACAAAGGAAAUAAUUGUGAAGAGGAAAUUAAUGAAUGCGAACAAAAUCCUUGUUAUAACGGAAAUUGUACGGAUCAAAUCGACGGCUUUUUGUGUACUUGUCCACUGGACUAUUAUGGAACAAGUUGUCAGCGUUAUUCAAAGUUUUGUACGCUUGAUAAAUGUUCUGAAAACUUUGAGUGUGUGCCGAAUCCAAUUUCAAAAAAAUCAGAAAUAACCUUUAGAUGCGUUCCAAAGAAUCGAAUUUUAUCACUUUUUAUUGAAGACAAAUUUGCCGUAUUGUCUCCUGACACAGCAGUUUCUUUAUGGAAGCUGCGUUUUGAGAAUUUUUUACUUGAAAAAGUUACAGUUCCUAGUCCCUGGCUAGAGUCAAAAGUUUACGAUAAAUAUGUUGAAUGCAAAAUAAAUGACGCAUUUAUACUUAACUACGAAUCAGUAGAAAAAGCCAAAACCAAUAAUUUUUACAUAUUUGAAAAUGUAACAUCAAAAAUGAUCGAAAAUCAACAAAAAACAAUUGUGCGAUUUUUUGCUGUUGUGCAAAAUGAAGUUCUUGCUGAAAACGUUUUGCUAUAUUCUAUUAAUAAAACUUGCGAAGAAUUAUAUGUUGAGUGCGCUCAAAUGGAUAAAAUGUUUGGAUGCAAAAUUUGUAGAUAUGUCAAUGAAUUUCUUGCACAGAAUUCUGUAUUGAAAAAACCAGAAUGGGGAAAAUCAAAAAGAAGUAGAGAAGUGAACUUAAAGCUUAUUAUUUCUGCCUGUAUUUUAUGUGCAGUUCUUCUUAUAAUUAUCUUUUUGUUUAAAAAAUAUAAGCCUUGCAGUAAGAAUAAAAAUUAUAAGGUUUAUAAAGUCUCAAAGAAAACGAGAACUAAUACGUUUACCAUGGCUUCGCGAUCAAACUCUAUACAUUUAACUGAUGCUGACCUAAUGGACGGGCAGUUUAAUCUCAUGUACGGUGUGGACGAGGAGGAGCUGCAAAGAAACAAAACAAUAACACCAGGAUUAUAUGAUUUGCUUGAACCAGACCAAAUAUUUUCGAAACAGCAUAAAACAGUCAAAAAAAUGUUUGAUAAUCCACUCUUUCAUCAUAACAUUAAUAAAGAUAAACACAUAAAUUAACAGUAUUUCAUACUGUUAAUUUCAUACUGUUAAUUUUAUACUGUUAAUUUCAUACUGUUAAUUUCAUACUGUUUUCUUGAAAACAAUUCAAACUAUUACUUUAUGUAACAAAAAAAAAAUAAUUAUGGUUAGUUUUUUUAACUGCAAAUUACUAUAAAAUAUUUUCAAAAUAUUUUUUUAAAUUACAAUUCACUAUUAUUGAUUUUUAUUUAAAAUGUUAUAUUUUGAAAUACUAAAAUAUACG